AUGAUGGCUCUUGGGAUAGGGCUGAAAACUCGGCUUCCAUUUCUCCCAGACGGGCCAACAACUGGCUUCAACCCUUCUUCGGUGCUCAUUCUCGGUGGUAGCUCUGCACUUGGUGCAGCCGUUAUUCAGCUUCUUCGUCUUGCGGUCCCAGAUUGCCUGAUCUUGGCAACCAGUUCGCCCAAACAUCACAAGCACCUCGUCUCUGUUCUGGGUGCAGACGGAGCAUUCGACAGAAAUUCUACAUCUCUGAUUACAGAAGUGAAAUCAGCAUCUGGAUCUCAAGGAGUCGAUGCGAUCAUUGAUGCAGUCGGCGCUGGUAGCAGCCAGAGAAACAUCUUUGAGGCAUUUAAUCCAAGUGGACCCAAAAAAUAUGCCCAGGUUUGGACUGGCGACGAGGAGAUCCAAGUCCCAAGCGGCGUGGAUUCGGUGAUGUUCAGAGGCCACCUAGAGCAUGCGACAGAUGUCGACGGAGGAAGGCCAAGGUCAGUGCAAGGACCAUUGGCUCCUGAAACAGGGAAAACUAACCGUCGAAUUACGCCGCAGUGUGACUGUCCAGAACCUUCGGCAGUUUGCAUCAACUGCCGACUGUCCGGGGAACAAUGUACAUUUGAUUUGCCGUUGGGUAGAAGAGGCCCCAAAGUGAAACGACACAAGGCCAAUAACACCGUGGGCUCAAGGCCUCACCACGCCCCGACCACGCCAACAUCGCAAUUACCAGAAGCCGAUGCGGCAUCCCAACUUGUCUGCGCUCCUGAUUCGAGAACUUUGUCUCUAGACGCCUGGGAUGCCGGACUGAGUGCCCUCGAUCCCGCCCUCUCACCAGACACAGUCCACACAGUCCGAACCUCGAUCUCCGAUGCACCAUCUGCACGAACUAUCUCUUCCCUGCAACGAUGGCACAGCCUAGCAAGGGAGCUAUCACUACGGAGCCCAUCAGCACAUCUCGAGCGGAUGAUAAAUCGAUGUUUCGAUUACUUCUUUGAAUAUUUAUUUCCUUUGAUCCCUCUGGUUCAUGAACCAAGCCUGCGGGAUGGGCUGAGCUUCUUCGUCAAUCAGGCCACGGGCCGGAGUUUGCAGGGUAGUAAUUCAAUGCCCGAAAGCAUUUUAUAUCGCGCGAAUAGCCUCAAAUAUCCGGACCUGUGGCCGGACCAUACAUUCACCCUCAUUACAGCGGUGUGUGCGGAGGCGGCAUUUCUUCUUCCAAAAGACAUUUUCCCUGAGGGGGAGGAGAUUGCAGACAUCUUUCUGCAUGCCUCUCGAAACUGCUUGAGCUCUUACCUUGAAGCCGACCUGGAAUACCCGAAUGCCAACUCCGUGGCCAUUCGGUACCUCCACUCCAACUGCAUGCAUGCGGCCGGCAAGCCGAGAUUUUCAUGGCACAUCUUUGGGGAAGCAACCCGGUUGGCUCAGGUGAUGCAACUGCACGACGAAAAGUCAUUACAGGGCUUAUCUCCACUCGAGGCGGAAUUUCGCCGACGCGCAUUUUGGAUUGCCUAUAUUGGGGACAAAUCUGCCGCAAUACUCAAUAACCGCCCCAUUACAAUCCACAAAUUUUCAUUCGAGUCGGGUAUCACCACGGCAUAUCCUACUGGGAUUGAGGAUGAGAUCUCUGUUUCUCCGGGGAACUCGGCACCAGAUGAUACGACGCGAAAGAGUUUCAUUGUAGGGUUUAAUGCAAACCUUCGCCUAUGGCAAGCUGCGUCAGACUUGCUUCUUGAAUUGCGACUGCUCGAAAGCCGAAAGGACCCCGGCUUGAUUACGCGACCGCUUCCAACUGCCGAAGAAAGAGGUCGAAUUGACCACCUCUUUUUACUUUUUGUGACGUCUCUCGAUAACUUGCCGCCAUAUCUACAGCCCGAUAUGUUUGCGAUGAACGUCGACGAGGAUAGCAAUCAGUUGGGUAACCCGUUGAAGCAGUAUAUCAUCCAGACAGCAAAUCUUUACGUGUCACUACAUUGUCUCCGGUUGGUCAUAGCUCAAAAGCUCGAGGAGUUUAACCACGCUACGCCAUUGCAUAACGAUAUUUUGCUACUGCGGAAAACUGAGAUCGCUCGUGAUAUGCUGCGUGUAAUCCGCGAAGCUCCUUUUUGGUCUUUGCAGGUGAACGGCGAGCCAUGUGUAAGUUGGCUUGAUCUAUGA